AUGCGUCUGGCAAAGAUCUUCACAAAGAAACACGAUAAGACUGAGGCGACGUUUGACGACGUUACCCUCGCUUUCUACGACGCAGGCCGUAGUUUGAUGGACACUCGCAAGACCGUCAAGGCAUUGGAAAUAGAAAGAGCGACUUUGCUUCACAGUAUGGCAGCCGUCACAGGCCUGGAAUACAAGUCGCUCCGGAGCGAUUUCCUCGAGACGAGAAAGGAAGAAGGUUUUGUCAGAGGAGAUAACAAGAUCUCAAAUGCAGAGCUGCUGGGAGAGUGGAUGAAUAGCUCGGCAGAGGAAAGAAGUACUUGGGAUCAUCAACCUUGGGAGAAUAUGCGCUCUCGGCUGGAGCUAGAGGGACAACAGACCAGCCGAGCGAGUGAGAUUGUGCAAGCGGACAACGACAUAUUGAGGAGCGCCUUGGAUGCCAUCACCACCUACCGGGACCGCAGCGCACACAUGUCAUACAACAGACAGGAUAAAGCCCUCCGUAGGGUCUCGCAGAUCCAAGGGCAUAUGACCUCCCAACGAGGAGAAGCGAGUGGAUCUGCGUCAUCCUCGGCGGGGGAAAGCGCAGACAAUUCCGGAUCUCCUUCGUGGUGGAGCAAUCUGCCUUGA